AUGCUACUUGAUGGCAUCGAAGGAGGCUUCAAUGCCAUUGAUAGGACUUCGAAGGAUGACGAUGCCAUUGAAGGUCCCAUCGAACUUGCACAGAUUUACUGCGUUGCUUCUUUGGGGAUCGACUGCGGAUCUGUAAACUACGUUGACAGCAACGGCAUAAGAUGGUAUUCCGACAAUCUUUUUAUCUACCCCGGCAACAACAGCCAAGUCCUCAUAAACACUACGAUCGCAAGCCAACAGAUGAGUACGCUCCGGUUCUUCCCUGAUCGGAACAAGAACUGCUACAUCCUGCCUGUGUUUGCCUAUCGGAAAUGGCUCCUUCGGGCCGGUUUUUACUAUGGGAAUUAUGACGGUCAGUCGAGGCCACCUACCUUUGAUCUACAGUUUGAUGGAAACCUGUGGGCCACCGUCACUACUUCCCUUGACGAGCCCAGUUUCUUCGAAGUGAUCAUGAUACCCACGAGGGAAAACGUCAGCAUCUGUUUGGCCCGCACGGUCGAUGGUGGGGUCCCCUUCAUCUCUUCUUUGGAAAUUCUGGAACUUGGCAUGAACAUGUACGGCUGGAUGCAGGGUAACCAGGUCUUAUUCAAGGAAUACAGAUUGAACUUUGGAGCAACAGAAAUGGUCAGGUACCCAGAUGAUGAAUACGACCGUUUCUGGGACCCAGCCAUUCCGACUGGUUAUAAAACGGUUACUGCAGAUUAUCCAUCCCUUAAUCAAUCCGUUGAUGAUGAUCCACCUCUGACUGUGAUCAAAACUGCGAUAGAAGCCCCAUCUCCAUCGGAUAAGAUCAUCCUAUCGUUCCCAGUCCCACAGCAACGGUCCAUAUAUGUCACACUCUAUUUCACAGAAGUUCAUAUGCAAUGA